CGAUUUCAAUUUCAUUUUGAUGGUGAAAAAAGGAAAAAAAUCUACUGUUACAUUUUCAUUUUAUAAACAUUUCAUAAAAUCCAUCAAAAUAACGCCGCCAAGAAUUUUUGGUUUCCUUUUGCUACUAAGUUGUGCCUACGCAAUUAUGGCUUGGAGAAGCCAUGGAGUUAAUAAUGCAGAUAUGAUACGUAAUCUCAGAGCAAAUGGAAUUAUUAAAUCGGAUGCUGUAGCAAAUGCUAUGCAGGGUGUCGACAGAAAGAAUUAUUGUCCUUAUGCACCUUACCAUGAUUCUCCACAGGCCAUUGGAUAUUCUGCUACAAUAAGUGCACCUCAUAUGCAUGCUCAUGCUUUGGAAAGGUUGAAAAAUCAAUUGAUACCUGGUGAGAAAGCUUUAGAUGUUGGAUCUGGAUCUGGUUACUUGACAUCCUGUAUGGCUAUCAUGGUUGGUGAGCAAGGCAAGGUGGUUGGCAUAGAUCACAUACCGGAGCUUGUUGCAUUGGCAACUAAAAACAUAAAUCAUGACAACCCAGAUUUGCUGAAAUCAGAAAGAAUUAAACUUAUUACUGGUGAUGGUCGUUUAGGAUAUCCACCCGAAGCACCUUACAAUGCUAUUCAUGUUGGAGCAGCUGCACCUACCUUACCACAAGCUUUAGUUGAGCAGUUGAAACCAGGAGGGAGGCUCAUUGUACCUGUUGGACCUGAAGGAGGAGAGCAACAUUUAACACAAGUGGAUAAAGCAAUGGACGGUACAACAACAGUAAAGAAAUUAAUGAGCGUAAUUUACGUACCGCUUACUGAUAAGAAUCACCAAUAUCGUGAGUGACCCGGCAUAAUCUUAAUAUUUAUCAUUGUUUCUUUCUUCAUAGCAACCACACUAAUACAUCGCCUUGUCCAAAACAUGUGAUUAUAAACAAUAAUUAAUGACUACUCUAGUUAAGGCAACUAGCUAUAUUUAUUAUUUAUUGUAUUUGCUUGUAAUCCUUAUAUUUCCUUAUGUAUGUAUGUAUGUAUCAUAAGUGAUAGCAUCUAAGACAUAUCUAAAUAAAUAAGUUCUAUUUGUAUUUUAUGCUUCCCUUUGUAAAAGUAGAUUUGAUAAAUAUUUCAUUGGUAUUGAGUAGCUUAAAUGGAAGAAUUUGUCUAGGCUCAUCAAAUUUAAAAUCAGGGCUGGAAAGCUGUACUACUAUAUAACGUAUUGUACUUUUAGCUAUAUAUUGUAGUAUGUAAUUUGCUCAUGUGAUAGAUAUUUACACUAUUUUAAACUAUGGCAAAUAAUGAAUAAUUUUUCAGAUUAGUCCUUUUAAAUAUGUGAUGAAUUUAAUUGCCUCUAAGAUAUUGGUGGUGUGUUGGAACGUAGUAUGUACCUUACCAUAAGUCCUAUAAUUUAUUAUAAAUUAAUAAAAUAAUUGUUUUAGGUUCUUGGCGUUAACGCUUUUAUCCUAUGACAUGAAAUAAAAUGCAAUGAAAAUAA